UUUGGAAGAACGAUUUCCUGAAAUAAAAACACACGUUUUACUUUAGAACAUAUUUCAGUGAUACGUAUAUAACAUUAAUUAUUUUAACUUAUUUAAAUUCUAGUUGCAUAAAUAUAUCUCGCGAAGUGUAACUGUCAUUUCACGAAAAUCGAGCUUUAAUUUUGAAUUAUAGUGCAGGUCAUGUGGUGCUAUGUUACUUUAUAUAUAAUACAUAAGACAGAAAUGUAAACAAACCCAGGAUAGGAAGUGCAUUUUAUAUUUUUAUUGAUGUGUUAUAGCAAUUCGUAAGUUUCAAUGCUGUCUAAUAUGAGAGAGAGAAAGUAAGAGGAAGUGUACACACACAGUAAACAGCCCUUGUUUAUGAAGAUCAGGAGCUGCAGUUACAGGUGACAGAAUGAAGGUGUUGGUGUUGAAAGAACCCAGAGAGAGCGAGAGUGGAGCAGAUCCGUACAUCAAGCUGUUUAAUCCAGAGAAAUACGGCGGUCUGGUGUUCACCAGUCCCAGAGCGGUCAAAGCUGUAAGAUGGUGUAUUGAGAGCAGUACACACAAAGAAGAGUGGAACACGGUGAGAGAACAGUGGAACGCAAAACACGUGUACGUGGUGGGGAAAGCGACGGCGUCGUUAGUUGAAGCUCUGGGUCUGAAGCCCCUCGGUGAACACACAGGCACGGCUGAGGUUUUGUCUCAACUCAUCAUCGAAAGAGAAAACUCCACGCCUCUGCCCCUGUUCUUUCCUUGCGGCUCACUGAAGAGAGAAGUGCUGCCCACCACACUGAGAGAACACGGUGUUCCUCUGGAGAGUCUCUCGGUCUAUGAGACGGCUGAACAUCCGGAGCUGGAGAAGAACAUCACGCACUACUUCAGCGAGCAGGGCGUGCCAGCCAGCGUCGCUUUCUUCAGUCCCUCCGGAGUGAAGUUUUGUCUGGAGCUGGUAAAGAAACUGUUUGGAGAAAAACUGGACCAGAUCAAGUUUGCCGCGAUCGGUCCCACCACGGCCGACGCUCUACAGGAAGCGGGUGUGAGCGUCAGCUGCAUGGCUCAGAAACCUACGCCGCAGCACCUCGCCACAGCCAUCUCACACAGCCUGAGCGAUGACCUCUUCAUGGACUCGACUGUAGCAGAAAAACUCUUCCACAGUCGGGAUCACUCGGAUGUAGAAAUGUCCUCCUCUCACCUGGCUGAGCUCAUCACUGACACCGACACUGCUCAGCACUUUCUGUUGAAGUAUGGGUUCAUGAAACAAGUGACUUCAGGAAGCACCCACAGCCCUGACAUCAACACUCUAACUGAUGCUGACAUCUUCUCAGAGGACACAGUGUCUCUUAUUCAGGAGGGAACUUCCAUGUCCCACUCAGGAGACAUCAAACCUUCCCCAGAGUCACCCGACUUUGUCAGAGGUCUGCUGGAGUUCCAGCGCAUGUCUGGUUUACCUGUUACAGGUGUGUUCGAUGACGCCACCAAAAUAGCCAUGAACAAACCAAGAUGUGGUGUCCCUGACAAUGAAGAGGACCAGAUUGAGACCAUGGAGACCACCACCACCACUACUGCAGAGGACCGGAACGAAUCCUCUGAGCUUUUCAACACCACAGCGACACCACAGAGUAAUGACACAGAUGUUGACGUUGUUCAGAACAGCACUACUGACAAGGCCGAGACAGAAAAACAGCGCCACCUGCAGACACUGAUCCGUAAGAGUAGUAGGAGGAAAAGAAGCACCAGUGCAUUGUGGGGUUAUGCUGCGUUCACAAAGAGUGUCCUGACAUGGCGGCUGAUUGGCGAAGGCUACAGCAGCCAGCUCUCGGUGGAUGAGCAGCGCUAUAUCUUCAGGUUGGCCUUUAGGAUGUGGAGCGAAGUCUCACCUUUGCAGUUUGUAGAGGAUCUGCACUCGCCGCCGGGCGAGAUCGACAUCAAACUGGGCUUCGGCACAGGUCGACACUUCGGAUGCUCUCAGAGGUUCGACGGUGCUGGAAGGGAGUUUGCUCAUGCCUGGUUCCUUGGUGACAUCCAUUUUGAUGAUGAUGAACAUUUCACGGCUCCCAAAACAGGAAAUGGGAUCAGCCUGCUUAAGGUGGCGGUGCAUGAGAUCGGCCACGUGCUGGGCCUUCCUCACAUUUACCGCUCAGGGUCCAUCAUGCAGCCCAGCUAUCGGCCGCAGGACGACGGCUUCGAGCUUGACUGGCUCGACAGGAAGGCCAUUCAGAACCUCUAUGGAGGGUGUGGAGGUCGGUUCAGCACUGUGUUUGAUUGGAUCAGGAAGGAGAGAACGGCGUACGGCGAAGUGGUUGUGCGCUUUAACACCUACUUCAUGCGUAACGGUUGGUACUGGCUCUACGAGAACCGCAGCAACAGAACCCGUUACGGAGAUCCAGUCUCUGUGCAGGUUGGAUGGCACGGACUCCCAUCUUCCGGCAUGGACGCCUACGUGCAUGUGUGGAGUCGUGACGCGGACGCAGUGUAUUUCUUUAAAGGGAUACAGUAUUGGAGAUACGACAGUGAAAACGAUCAAACCUUCUCGGAAGACGCUGAUGGCCACCGGUACCCUCGUCUCAUCUCCGAGGGCUUCCCCGGCGUCCCAAGCCCCAUCGACACGGCCUACUACGACAGGAGAGACGCUCACAUCUACUUCUUCAAAGGUUCCAUGGUAUAUAGGUUCAACGUCCAAGCUAACAAGCUAGCCGCUAAAUCUCCUCAGAAAAUGACUGACUUGUUUCCUGCCCUGAUCCCGGGCGACCAUCCGACAAGAAACCUGGAUGCUGCGUAUUUCUCGUACACUCAUAAUGCCCUCUUCCUCCUCAAGGGCACCUCCUACUGGAGGGUGGUGGGAAGGAGGGAGCGCAAGAUGAAGCGCUCACUGCCCUACAACAGCCUGCUGCCGAGUCGAGAUGUGCAGCAGCAGUGGUUCGACAUCUGUGACGUCCACGCCAGCGCUCUGAAAACGAACCGUCGGUGAACAAGCACCAUCCAGCAAUCAGAGACUGAGACUUGCACUGCAGUUUCGAAGCGCAGAAAAGCGUACAGCUUCUUUAAUACCGCUAAGUGAUGCCAGUUUGGGUUGAAGUGUAAAC